AUGGGAGGUAGGACCGACGGAACGUUGAUGCGGGUGGUUGUUCGCUUGACUCCUGUCGAGACUGAAUUGGAUCCACAGAAACCAGAGGAUAUUGAGGAGAUGACAAAUGUCGUCGUUGGCACGUAUCAACGCCACGGACAGCGAAUGUACCAGGCGAUGCUCGAGCAGUUGAGCGAUUGCAUGCGUGUUUGA